UGUGUACGGAAGUAGAAAAUCUGCGAAAUUCCCGUCAUGUGUGAUCUAACUGGUUCUUUCUCUUAAUGCGGUUUAAAAAAUAAAGUCGGUAUUUAAUAUAGAAAAUUCAUAAGAUCAAAAGAGACGUUCAAACAGGACGAAAAAAGUUCCACGAUGACUUCGCAGGACGUACUGAAGAACGCGUCCACUCUCGCGUCGUACAAUGUGCUGCUACAGGUGAUGUUCCGUGUGCUCACCUUUUUAUUGAACGCUUUCACGCUACGCUUUGUAUCAAAGGAGCUAAUUGGAGUGGUGAACGUCAGGCUUACAUUACUUUACUCCACAUUAGUAUUUUUGUCCAGAGAGGCCUUUCGAAGAGCCUGUUUGAGUGGCUCUGCUGGCACUAAGCACAACUGGAGGAGGCUUAUCAACCUGCUAUGGCUGACGUUGCCUUUAGGUGUACUAUGGGGAGUCCUGUUGGCCACUGUGUGGCUGUGGCUACUGGAGGUGCCAGAUCCUCAAGUGGUUCCUUUCUACGGCCCUGCCGUGUUGAUGUUUACUCUCGCCGGGGUGCAGGAGCUCUUGGCUGAGCCGCUGUGGGUGCUGGCCCAGGCUCACAUGUUUGUGAGGCUAAAAGUGGUUGCAGAGAGCUUAGCCAUGUUGGCUAAGUGCAGUAUGACGGUGAUGCUGGUGGUGUUUGCCCGUGAGUGGGGCCUUUACAUCUUUUCUGUGGCUCAUCUGGUUUACACAGGAGUCCUGGUACUGUGUUAUGCACUUUACUUUCUUCGUUACUUGCCAUCCAAAGAGGCAGCUGAGAGCAAUUUCCCCCUGCGUAAGAUUAGAGAUCUGAUGCCUCACACAGCUAAUGGAGAGCCUCUGUUGGAUUGGACUGUGGCUCGGCUCACCUGGAGCUUCUUUAAGCAGUCGUUCCUCAAGCAAAUCUUGACUGAGGGCGAACGCUACGUUAUGACAUUCCUCAACGUCCUCAGCUUUGGCGACCAAGGUGUUUAUGACAUCGUCAACAAUCUAGGCUCCAUGGUGGCACGCUUUAUCUUCCUGCCGAUUGAGGAGAGUUUCUACAUUUUUUUCGCCAAAGUGCUGGAGCGAGGCCGCGAUGUGAAAAGCCAAAAACAGGAAGACGUUGGUGUUGCUGCUGAUGUGCUACAAUGCCUGCUCAAACUGGUGCUGGUUAUUGGACUCAUCAUUGCAGUCUUUGGGUAUGCCUACUCGAGACUAGCUUUGGAUAUUUAUGGUGGAUCUCUACUGAGCAGUGGGGAAGGUCCAGCCCUGCUGCAAUGCUACAGCUGCUACGUCCUCCUGCUAGCUAUAAAUGGCGUGACCGAGUGUUUUGUGUUUGCAGCCAUGAGCCAAGAGGAGGUUGACAAGUACAACUUGGUGAUGCUAGCUGUGUCCGCAUCGUUCCUUUUCCUGUCCUACAUGCUGACUUGGUGGGCAGGCGGUGUGGGCUUCAUCUUGGCCAACUGUCUGAACAUGGCCCUGCGCAUCACGCAUAGCGUCCUAUACAUUCGGCGCUACUUUUCGUCCAGUCCGUGGAAACCUCUUCAAGGCCUACUGCCCUCACCGCUGUUGUGCCUGGCACUCAUUGUCAGUGCUGUGAUUACAGCUAUCAGUGAGGCUGUUUUCUGCUGUGACAGUGGCUGGUUCCUCCGGUUGGUCCAUGUCAGCGUGGGAGCGCUAUGUCUACUUUUUGUUCUCGGAGCCGUUAUGCUCACAGAAACUCAACUUAUAGUAUUUGUGAGGACUCAACUUUUGCCCCAGUACAGGAAAAAACGUACUUAACUUGAAGGACAGCAGUGGACUUUUUCUUUGUUUAUCCUUUAAAUGAACCUUGAAUGGUUAAUGUCAGUGCUAGUGGCCAUCAUAGGACUAUCGUGGAGAGUGCAUUUUAUUUCAGUAGUUUAAUUUGGAAAAGUACAGUGGGGCAAAUAAGUAUUUAGUCAACCACUAAUUGUGCAAAUUCUCCCACUUGAAAAUAUUAGAGAGGCCUGUAAUUGUCAACAUGGGUAAACCUCAACCAUGAGAGACAGAAUGUGGAAACCCCCCCAGAAAAUAAAAUUGUUUGAUUUUUAAAGAAUUUAUUUGCAAACCAUGGUGGAAAAUAAGUAUUUGGUCAAUACCAAAAGUUCAUCUCAAUACUUUGUUAUGUAUGUGUUGUUGGCAAUAACGGAGGUCAAACGUUUUCUGUAACUCUUCACAAGCUUUUCACACACUGUUGCUGGCCCCAUUCAUUCUAUCCUUUACACAGAUCAGUCGUCUUGGUCCCUUUGCAGAAAAACAGCCCCAAAGCAUGAUGUUUCCACCUCCAUGCUUCACAGUGGGUAUGGUGUUCUUUGGAUGCAAUUCUGUAUUCUUUCUCCUCCAAACAUGAGAACCUGUGUUUCUAGUUGUAUGUAAAUAGUUGUAUUUUGCUUUCAUCUGACACACAUUCUCCCAGUCCUUUUCUGGAUCAUCCAAAUGCUCUCUAGCGAACCACAGACGUCUUGGACAUGUACUUUCUUCAGCAGGGGGACACGUCUGGCAGCGCAGGAUUUGAGUCCCUGGCGGCGCAUUGUGUUACUGAUAGUAGCCUUUGUUACUGUGGUCCCAGCUCUCUGUAGGUCAUUCACUAGGUCCCCCUGUGUGGUCCUGGGAUUUUUGCUCACCGUUCUUGUUAUCAUUUUGACGCCACGGGGUGAGAUCUUGCAUGGAGCCCCAGAUCGAGAGAGAUUAUCAGUGGUCUUGUAUGUCUUCCAUUUUCUAAUAUUUGCUCCCACAGUUGAUUUCUUUACACCAAGCAUUUUACUUAUUGCAGAUUCAGUCUUCCGAGCCUGGUGCAGGUCUACAAUUCUGUCUUUGAUGUCCUUCGACAGCUCUUUGGUCUCGGCGAUAGUGGAGUUUGGAGUGUGACUGACUGAGGUUGUGGACAGGUGUCUUUUAUACCGAUAAUGAGUUAAAACAGGUGCCAUUAAUAUAGGUAACGAGUGGAGCCUCGUUAGACCUCGUUAGAAGAAGUCAGACCUCUAAGACAACCAGAAGUCUUGCUUGUUUGUAAGUGACCAAAUACUUAUUUUCCACACUAAUUUGGAAAUAAAUUCUUUAAAAAUCAAACAAUGUGAUUUUCUGUUUUUUUUUCUCCACAUUCUGUCACUCAUGUUUGAGGUUUACCCAUGUUGACAAUUACAGGCCUCUCUAAUCUUUUCAAGUAGGAGAACUUGCACAAUUGGUGGUUGACUAAAUACUUAUUUGCCCCACUGUAUAGCUAAUAUACUGGGUGAUUCAAAAAGAAUGCACCAAAAUCCGCACACUCACUAUUAGGGGUGUGACAAAAUAUUGAAAUGGUGAUAUAUCGUGAUACUUUGUAUCCCAUAAGGUUAUCUAUAUGCUCCUGCAAGAAUCGAAAUAUCAUUUUAAAAAGGUGUCGGUCUUUAAAAAAAAAAAAAAGGAACCAACAAGUUGCUACCAAAAUCUUCCACCAUAAUAGUGUCUCAGUUAACUCUAAGGCUGCCUUGACGGUGCUCGACACCCAAUCAAUUUAGACUGGGAACAUUCGUUCAUUGGAAACCAGAGCAUUCUCAGUCAUUCUGUCAGAUUUUCAGGGCAUUUAUAGGUCACUUGCUGUUCAUUUUAGAGCAUUUCCAGGUCAUUUCCUGUUGAGUUUGAGUCACUGCCUAUUCAUUUGGGUGAUUCCAAGGUCACUUCCUGUUCUGUAACACAAAAUGAACAGGAAGUGACCCAUAAAAUACCCGAAAAUCAACAAGAAGUAACUGAAAAUCAACAGGUAAAUGACCUUAAAUGGCCCAAAAUUACCUCAUUGCCUGGCAUUGGCUGCUACUAACGGCCAUAGACGUUUAAUCCGUUUGAAGUGGGAGGGAUGGCAGCGAAUGAACGAAUGUUCAUUCGCUGCCACCCUCCCAGUUCAAAUGGAUUUGUGAUCAAAUCAUUCCAAUUCACAGCAGAAAAUGCAAAUGUAAAAACUUUCAUGUCAUCGAUAUUUGCUGGGUGUGGUGGUACCACUAAGUCCUGAUUUUGCAUUCUUUUUUAAUCUCCAUUUAAUAAAUUAAGUAAACAUGGGAAUAUACUUGUCAGAAGACCAAUUCCUACCUGAUUCCUAUAUUAAAAAUAAUUUUGAUUCCUUCUUAAAUUAAAAUUUCAAUUCCUUGAGAUGAAUUUGGGUAAAGCUGCAAGUUGAAAUCAGCACCGUAAGAAAUUAAACCAUGGAAUAUAUCUGUGUGAAUUAAAACCCAAUACAUAAAAUGUACUUUUCAACUUUCCACAAUAUUUUAAUUCAUUCAGAUGUCGUAAUUAAAUUAGGGCUGUCAAACAAAAUUUUUAAUCGAAUUAAUCACAGCUUAAAAAUUAAUUAAUCGUAAUUAAUCGCAAUUCAAAUCAUCUAUAAAAUAUGCCAUAUUGUUCUGUAAAUUAUUGUUGGAAUGGAAAGAUAAGACACAAGACGGGUAUAUACAUUCAACAUACUGUACAUAAGGACUGUAUUUGUUUAUUAUAACAAUAAAUCAACAAGAUGGCAUUAACAUUAUUAACGUUCUGUUAAAGUGAUCCAUGGAUAGAAAGACGUAGUUCUUAAAAGAUAAAUGUUAGUACAAGUUAAAGAAAUGUUAUAUUAAAACCCCUCUUAAUGUUUUCGUUUUAAUAAAGUUUGUAAAAUUUUCAAUCAAAAAAUAAACUAGUAACUCGCCAUUGUUGAUGUCAAUAAUAAUUAUGGUGCUGAACCCCAUAAAAUCAGUAGCACCCAAGCGCCAGCAGAGGGCGGCAAAACACCAAAAAAACACAAGUAACAAGUGGAAAUGACACUUUGCUGUCAUUCUAAUCUGUUUGAGCGGGGCAUGUGCAUUAAAUGCGUCAAAUAUUUUAACGUGAUUAAUUAAAAAAAAAAAAAUUAACGCCCAUUAACGCGAUAAUUUUGACAGCCCUAAAUUAAACGUGUGAUUAUUACUGAGUAAUUCCUGUAUUUUUAAAUGUGAAGAAACACACUCAUUGGAACUAUUUAUUUGUGCGUGUCACAAAUGAACUAUUUUUACGGAUGAGGUUACUUGAAGAAGCAUAAAAAUCAUUAUGUACAUGACUAGGUCAGCAUGGGUAUCGUUUAGUGGGAUGUAUCCAGUGUUUUUGGCAAAGUCGACCACUGGAAUGUGAUUUGAGACAUUACUGACUGCUAAUUAUGUGCAACUAUUGGUGUAUUGGUUUUAAGCAGCCUGAUAUGACUGUAACUUUGGCUGAAUUUCCACGACUGAAUAUGGGCAAAAAUUAAACCAUUUAUUUUACUGUUAUUAUUUUUAUAUACAGAUACAGUAUAUAUAUAUUUCCAAAUAUUGCUCAUUGAAAGAGGACCUUUGAAUGUACACAACUGUGUUGUGUGGAGUAAAAAAUAAUGCUGCCUUAUACAGAGAGUACCUCAAAUUUUGUAGCUGAUGGGAUGUAUUUCAUUUGAUUGUCAUUGAUGUCAUUGUUUCUCAACUUUAUUGAGCCUAUUGUUGCCAAGUCAUCUUUUAGUAAAAGUACAAAAACAACUGUUGUCUAACAAAAAAACAAAAACAAAAAAAAAACACUUUAAAAACAUGUAGUACAUCUUUUGUAGUGUUCUGUUACAAGAAUUGGGGCAGGCUAGAGCCUAUCCUAGCAAACUAUGAGUAGGAGGUGGGGGAACACCCUGAACUGGUUGCCAGCCAAUCGCCGGGCAUAUAGAGACAAAUAUCUUUCAUGCACAUUAUCACACCUAUGGGGAAUUUGGGGAUAUGGGGAGUUUCAAGUGAAACUAGCACAGGGCUUUUUGUUACAAUUGAUCCAGCACAGGCAGUUUAACUAAUAAGGGGUCCAGGGAAACAAGAAGCCCCUGACUGCAAACAACUGAUUGCACCCGUAAGACACCAGAUUGGUGAUAAGGUGUCUUUUAAUGGGUUGCAAAGAAAAACCCUCACCCACUGCAGACCUUUGUGGAAUAGUUUUCCCACCUCUGAACUAGCAUGUAUGCAUUUCUGUGAUGUGGGAGCAAACCCAUGCAGGUACAGGGAGAAUUUCCACAUGAUUAUACAGAAAGAUGGUAGUUCCUGCUGGGCACUACUGCCUGUCGCACCUCCUCUGGUGCUCAUUGGUCAGCUGCAGGGUCAUCAGCCAGAAACCACUAUUCAAAGUUUCGCUCCUUUAAUUCUGGUUCAUCUCCUGAUGGCGGAGCAGUGACAGGGACCCCUGCAGCUGAUGGGUGUUUCCCCUGCGGCUGUUGUAUGGGGGUUAGGUGUUCUUCCCCCAAGUUUUGUCCUUCCUCCUGAGCCAGAGCCAAAAACUCCCUUUUUCAGCCUCUUCUGCCAGGUCUUUUAUUGCCUUCUUGAGUCUUCUGUGAGUCCCACGUGCUUCAGGAGGCAUGUUGUUGACAUCCCCAUGAAGCCUCGGCAUCCGAUCUCUACCCGCCUCGGCAUCCGAUCUCCACUGGGUAGAUGGUAGUCUUCCAGCCAGCCUUUCGGCACUCAGCAACCUGCUCAAAGUACUUGGCCUUCUUGCUUUCACAGGCGACCUCAAUCCCCUCUUCCAUGGGUACUGUGAGCUCGAUAAGGAACACUGCUUUUGCCUUGGCUGACCACAUGACUAUAUCUGGCCGGAGAGAGGUGCUGGUGAUCUCCAUGGGGAACUGCAGCUUCCUGCCAAGGUCGGCCCUCAUACUCCACUCCUGAUCAGGGGAAAGGGGCCUUGGAGUUGUCCUUGGCCCGAUGCUUCUCCUGACCCCUCCUUCUGCGACAAAGUUAGUAGAGUCCUCUGCAUGUGGUGAUAAUUUCCUACCCUGUCGACAGUUCUCCAGCACUUCGGCUAGCUUCCUCAGGACUUGUCCCUAGCGGCCCUGGAAGAGCGCGAUCUUACAGCCUGACAAGAUGUGCUGGAGACUUACGUUGGGAGCAUUGCAGAGUGCACACCAUUCUCCCUCUUGAUCCACUGGUGGAGGUUCCGAGGGCAGGGAAGAGCGUUAUAUGUUGAGCGGAUGAGGAAGCGGAGUCUUGCUGGUGGGAUCUUCCACACGUCUGACCAACUGAUGUUCCUGUGUGUGAUACCCUCCCAGGUUGUCCAGCUUCCCUACCGACCCUGCGACAUAGCUUUCAUUUUAUAGCGGUCUUCCUCCAUUCUCGUCACCUCCGCUACCACUCUCUCCUUCCUUUCCUUGCGGUUGGCCUUGGACAAAAAACAUGGUGUAUCUCCCCAUCCUAAGCCUACUCUCCCUGUCUGGACUCUGCCCAUGAUCUUCUGGUGUUGUAAUCGGCUGAAGGCUUGGUCGACCUCGGCCUGGGCAUUCCACUUGCGGCCAGUCAGAACCUUGGCAUUAGCAUUCCGUACUGACUUGUCUGUGGACACGCUAAGCUCAAGGACCACCAUGGCCUUCUCUUGCAUGUAGCCCAGCUGGAGUGACCUCAGUGGUAGCUACAGCGUGUUUUUUUUCCCAAAGAGGCCAUCUUCAGAGAGGCAACGUGUGAGCCCCAACCACUUUUGGAUGAAUGAGUUGGCGUUCCCAUCUCUCUUGUUCAUUGUCGAUGAGGAGAUCUCACUCGUUUUCAUGGGUCACAUUAUCCUCUGAUAGAGUGUAAAUUGGUAGCACCAGACUUUGUAUAGCACCAGGAAGGCUAGAGCCUGGGCUUGAACCUUUGAUCUCAGAACUGUGAGACGUCGCACUAAGCAACCAGUCAUCUACUGUGCCGCCCGUACUGUAUGUAGAAUAUGGUCAUUUUAAAUGUUUACUUCUUAAAACAGUGCCUUUCAAAGAACUAAAAAGCUGGAUGACAGAAGAACAUAAUACCUGUAUGCACAAAAUUAAAUAUAUUGGCACUAAUCGCUUCUUUUUGGAUAGUACAAAAAUAAAUACAUAGUAGUAUUGAAGGAUGAGGACCAAAAGGCCUCGUGAAAUUUUUGCACCAUCAUCUCCAACCUUGAAAUGUUCCACGUUUAUUCUAAACUGAAACCCCCCAUGUAAUAUUUUCACACCUGUCUGCAACACACUCAAAAUGCCCGUGACUUCUGUCCCGACACACCAUGACCUCCUUAAUAUGUUAACAAUGUUAAAUACCCCUUUGUUUCAGGUUUUCAAACCAUUCAGAAUGUGUUCUCUAUAUCAGCAGAGAGCACAAGAAGUGUACAGUGAUUAUGAAAAGUCUACACACCUUUGUUUAAAAGCCAGAGUUCUGUGAUUAGAAAAAUGAUUUGAAGUAAACCUGCUAAUAUAUUUUCCCAAGACAAAUUGUGCAACACAAUGGGAAACAUUGUUUAUUGGCAACUGACAUAAUAAGAAGGCCCAACUGUGUAUUAGAACAGGGGUGUGCAGACUUAUCCAUGUGGCUUUUAUCCUAAAUAUUUCUGCACAUCUAAUCUGUUUUGGUUUGUGCCCAUUUCUACUUUUUUUGUUUUGUGUUUUACCCCCGUUAUAACGAACCAAUGAUAUGCCUCCCUAUUGUUUUUUUUGGUGUGUAUUUCAUAGUACAACAAAUUGCUGAACUGUAGUUGUUCUUUGAGUAUACCACAACUGAAUGGAACAUCUUUCAUGGCCUGAUAGUGAUGUCAUUAUGGAAAAUGAGCAGGAAGUCUCAAAAGCAACAUUCCGUUCUUCAUGUGGGUUCAUUGAGGAGUUUAACCCCAAUACAUUUAAAAAAAAAAAAUCAUAUUAAAUGUGUUUCCUGUUGGAAGUUGGGAUUCAAUUACACACACACAUGAACUAAGGAGGAGCUUUUACACUCAUGACAUCAUUUGUUAAUGUUGAGAAACACAUUUAUUGCCCCCUUGAGAGUCAGGCCAUACAUAAACAGCCUGCACCGAGGAGAGAACAUCUGAUAUCGUCAACAUG